AUGGGCUCCAAACGCCCACACGACGAGGUCGACGGGGGAGGAGCAGCCGCCGCCCCACCCCCAGAGCCAAAGAAGCGCAAGGGCUUCCGCGUAGGGCCGGAGAACCUGCCCGACGGCGCGUGGCGGCGCAAGAACACCAAGAUCAAGCACGAGCUGAUCCACAAGGCAAAGCUCAAGAAGGACUACGCCAAGGUCAAGGCGGAGCUGGCGAGGGGGCGGGAUGGGGCCGCCGCAGGGGCAGGGCCAGGGCCAGGGGGCCACGGGCCACACGUCCACCCCGACCGCCAGCAGCAGAUGGACGACGACGAGAGGGACAGGCAGCACAUGAACCCGGAGCGGCAGCAGGCGAUCCUCGACGGCGAGGAAGCAGCACCCCGGCGGCAGCGCAGGCAGGCGAGGAGGGAUGACGAGCCAGCAGGGAACAACAACAACAACAACCAAGACGGAGGAGGAGGAGGAGGAGGAGGAGAACUCCAAGGCGAGAGAGGAGAAGACGAACCCACAAUCACACCAACAACAACAACAUACCCACCACCACCAUCACCACAAGCUCAAGAACACGCACACCGCGGCCCCAGACCGCCCCGCGACAGCCGCAGGCGCCGCCCAGACUACUACACCAAGGCCCUAGAACAAGGAACCCACAAGAAGGCCGAGGCAGAGGCGCGCGCCGCCGAGGCCGAGCGCCGCGACAAGGAGCGCGAGCGCAGCACCGCCGAGCGCGAGCGCACGCGGCGCGCCAUGCUCAAGGCCAAGGGGUUCUCGGCGUCGGGGAGGCCGCGCGGCAAGCCCAAGCUGGGGAGGGAGAGCAAGGUGCUGCUGGACAAGGUGAGGCGGAUGGUCGGCGCCUGA